GGCCGUCAAAUGUGUCUUUUCUUCUCGAGGUUCAAACUUCUCCGCUCAUCGUUCGCGAACCCCUCGACUAUCUCAGUCUCCAAGUGACCAGCAUCCAAUCAUCUUCUCUGUCUACAAUCGCCCUACUCGCAUCUUUCAUUCGACAAAAUCACGAUACUUGACUCUAACCUUCGUCUUUCGUCGCGGAUGGUCGCUUCGUGGAUCCGAAUUGAUGUGUCGAAGUUUUUCACCCGACUGCUACCGCGAGCUCACACUCAUGACCGUUAUGCUGUCGACUCAAAUCUCAUCGCUCGUACAUGCCAUCACGCUGUCAAGCUUGCAUAACUUUUGCCAGAACAUGCUUACUGAGAACAACAACUUUGCCCGACAAUCUGUGUUCACUCACUACCUCUGACAGCUAAUAGAAUAUCUUCGAAUGCCCCGUACCUCUUUGCCUUUACCCACCUUCAACGACCUGAAUCCAGUCCUGCCAGUGGACCUGACAUGCAACACGACACAAUGCCCGCUCCGAUGUUCACUUACAGUGUUCCAACCCUUCCUCCUAAAGACCUAGACCCAACUGACAUUCACUUGGACACGGAAAUCACCAAUGACACCACGAGAUCCUACGAUCCUUUUGCCCCAGUCAAAGCUAGAUUGACCUCUGUCGGGAUGCAUGUGGACAAUGAACCUGCUGAGCGUGAUUCGAAGGACACUCACAAAGUUCACUCUCAGCCCUCGAAAAGAGCCAACCAGGCCAUUGUCAAAGAUCAGAUGGACAUGAAUGCAGUUGAGACUGCCCCGGGCGCGGAAGAGCAGCCUUUAACUCCAGCCUCGACUGACACUGAUCUUGAGUCUGCAGGAACGCAGAAAGUAAUUGACACAAGUGAAGGUGUCGCGGAGGCGGACGACCAUGCACCUGUUCUGGAAAGACCCGAGCCGAUCUCUCCCAGCCCAUCAGAUAUCUCAAACACCAACUACACUACAUGUGAACGUCCCAAGGAUGCACUCCUUCGAGCUACUGCCGAGGUCAAUGACGCAGUCGCGACUGCUGGUCACGAGAACGUUGAAGAGCCAGUGCCCACGAGUGCCGAGCCUGAGGCCGCCCAAGCUGAGUUCCCCGAGGCAGAGGUCAGGAAGCCCAACAUCAUCCAUCCCGAGGUCAUCGAAGCUGGAAUCAGCGAGCCUGGAAGUGCCCAGUCCGCAACUGCCAUGCUUGGAGCUGAGGAUACUGUCGUCGCUAUGCCUAACUUUCUCCAGAAUGAGGCUGCUCAGCCCACGGACUCACACCUGGUUCCCGGCCAGUCUACCGAGAUAGAGAUUGCCGGUGACCACAUGCCCAACGAGCCCUCGAUGGAAGGAAUGUCCACGACAGAUGACCCUCACCAAGAGCAAGACGCGCGCAGGCCUACCAGUCCCACCUGCGAGCCGGCCGCUGCUGACGAUUCAUCCUCCGAGACCGCAAAGUCAAGCGACACAAACGAGCAAGUAGCAUGGCUACGAAAUAAGUACCAGUCUUUCGAGGAGAGUCGUUCAUCAGAGAACGAGGAAGAGAAGGUACAAGAAAAAUCCGCAACAAACACUCACACCCCUCCAUACACUAUCAACAAUGGCAUUGAAGACACGGGAAUUCUCGAAAACAACGGCGCUGCUGGCAAGACUUCUAAGUCAACGCUGGUGGAUCAUGCCAAUUCCACGACUGUUGUCAUGCCUCGGAUUUCUCUGUUCGGCGAUCCAUCAUCCUCACUUGCUGUGAUCGAGCCUCGCAUUUCUCUGUUUUGCGGUCCCUCUUCUCCGAAGCCUGUGAUCGAGCCUCGGAAAUCCGAAGCUGCAGAUAUCGAAGCCGAGCGAGUCGCCGGACCAGUUGCAGAAGGUGGACUAGACUCAGGCUUUGACUUGUUCGAAGAGUCUGAAGAUGUCCCGAUAGAUCUGACAAGAUCUUUACUGCUUGAAGAAGCCAUGAGCGGUGAUGUUGAACAGUUCGACGAGUGGGAUUUCGACUCCAAACUGGACGUGGAAGCAGACACCGUGGAAGCAGACACAGAGGCAGGCGCGAGGGAAGACCAUUCCGGUACAGCGAACGAUUCCGAUCACGAUGCGAGACCAGAUGUGGAGGUCCUUUCUGGAGGUAUCUCGCCAGCUGCCUCGCAAGUCUCUCAGGAGAGUGCUACGUUGGCCAAGAACCUUGUGCACUUUAUUGCUUCGAAAACUCAAUAUCCGCCCAACUCAGACAAUGCGGACACUGAGAUUCUGACUUUGUCAGGCAGAGGUAUAGCCAGUGGUCUUGGUCAGUCGAUGCUGCAGUCAAUCCCGCUGGAACAACGCUGCGACUGUGUCAAGCACCCUUGUACACAUGACUUGAAUCUGCGCCCACGAGACAAGAAGGAGGUCGCGAACUACGGAAACGUCUACGAUAAUGACCCGACAAGCGACUAUGAAGAAGAUCCAAAUGGCACGUCAGCGUCCAGGAUCGCACGAGAGGAUAUGGAUGAGGAUGAAAGCGACAACGACGAUGCAGGCCCCUACAGCAUGACCGGCGGUCUGGAGACGCGUAAUAGUCGCAUGAACGAUAUGUUCGAACGAGGACCGUAUAACCAGAGAGACUCUUGUAUUCGAGACAAGAACACUCUGCACGACGAGUUGUCCGCCGACGAAGUGAUCGAAAAGCCAAAGAAAAGAAAAAGGGCCAAGCAAACAUCUUCUCGACCGUCCAAGAAGGCCAAGUCCAACAAUCGCACCAUCAAACGCGCUCGUGAAAGUGAUGAUGAGGACUUGAUCACCACACAAGACGACAAUGGUGAAGUUAUCUUGAUCAAAGAGAUCAAAGAGAUCAAAGAGACCAAGAAGUCCCCCGAAUCUCAGACGAUUGCACAAAUAAUGCAACGUCUAGCUACACCUCACACCACAAAGCUCAGCUACCCCAUCACCUUCAACUCCCCCAAUACCUCUUGCAGUCUCUGUAACCAGCGCUCCUACGCUUUCACAGGCUGCGGCAGUCGAAAGAUCAAAGUCUUUGACUACGGCAACGGCCUGACCGAGAUCCCAAACGCCAACGAAGCAGGUCUACCCAUCCCCAUGAAAAGGAAACCCGCAGCCACAAACCUCUGCAUGACCUGCACGACCGCGAAAAUGGCCAUCUUGAUGUGCAAAACGCACUCGAUGCUAGAGUUAGACCCAGUGCCAGACUUUGACAAGCCCGCCGCAUACGACCGCAUGAUCAAAAACCAACCUGCAGAGGAAGGAGAAGUUUGGUGCUCAGUCUGCCCAUUACCUGCACUGCACAGUUGUGGCAAGAAUUGCGGGGCCAAGUUUUGCGAAACCUGUGCUAUCAAAGUGCAUACAACCCAUCAUGAAGAUCUACAGGCUAUGCUUCAAGCCACAAAGGAUGAGAUUACUGCUGAAUAUAGGUACGGCCUCAGAGCUGAUGUGGCGUUGCUGAGGGGAGAUGGGGAGUUGGUCAAAUUCAUGAAGAGGCAUUCCAAGACUAACAAACCAGUUUGAAGAAUUAACGAAGAGAAAGAGCAUGAUCUAGGUCGACGACAGGCCGGCAAUUAACUCAGAAAUAUGUACCAUUUAGCUCAGAACCCUUCUUUUGAUGCAGGCUCAUACUUUACCAUAUCAAUUAUAUUUCACAUUUCUCAUCAGAUCCUUCUCUCCAAACACUGAAACACGUUAAUAGGAAACUGUGAAAAAGCACAGCAACGGUCAGAUAUUUCGCCGCUACAUCGGGAGUUGACACAAGGUUGAAAGGC